CCAGAAUUCACUUCACUUUCAUUCUUCGCGCUUCGUUGUGCAACCCAUUACCUGAUUAACCAGCUACAGCUACUCCAGCCUGCCUUUCAUUUCCUGCCCUUCAUUUCUUUACCACUUGUGAUCUAAAUAUUUCUCAACUCAAACCAAAGCCAAUUUCUUGCAAGACCGCCAUGGCCUUCUUUAGGUUCCGCAAUGUGGAAGCCGUCCUAUUACUCUUGCUUAUCUCCUCGAGCCAAGUGGCGAGUUUUGCCGUGGAACGACGAGACCAGUCGGAUACAGAGAUAAAGCCUUAUUGCGAACAGCCGAAGAUUCAGGGUAACCCCGGACUGAUGGCCCAUGAUUGUGCCGUCGCAUUUUAUAAUUUCAAGUACGAAGGCGAGCAUAAGGUUGUACGAAGUAACGAUGGUUCGGUCACUUCAACUUUCGGAACAUGUCGGGUAAUCCUGUUUUGCUCUUCAGCAGUCGACAUUUCUUCUGGGCGAAUGUUGUCAAACAGCAGACGCGACGGUGGAUUCGCAAAGCUCCAGUCGACGUGCACCAACAAUGGAUUUACUGGUCAAAUCGUUCUCAAAGGGGGUUGCUUGCUUAUGACUGAAUCAUUGAAAAAGAAUGUUUGAGAAAUACCUGAGCUGCCAUGUACUCCAAUUACUAUCGACACAUUACAUAUGCAUUCCUUUUCGGAUCAUUGUUUCUUGCAAUGCCUGCCUUUCAAAACUAUUUUCAGUAUUAAAAUCAAGAUUUAACCGUGGGAUUGCAAUU